CACUUUAAAUGACUCAGGAAGUGAAAGCAGGCCGCCUGACGGGGAAAGGGAAAGUGGAACCGGGGCGGCGCGGGGGCCGGCAGCGGCCGCGAUCUCGCCCGGGUAGCGGGAGGCCGAGCGGGCGGCGCGACGCGGGGGCCGACGGGGGCGCUGGGCCGCCGCGCCGGAAGUGGCCGGCGCGGCUGAGGAAGCGCAGGGACCCUGCGGAGCAGGCAGAGCCGGUGGGAAGGCUCUUUGCUGCUUCGCCCGGGCAGGGGCUGCAGCGGCCCCAGGUCCCGCUCCGAGACGCGACGCGGUCCAGGCGGGCGGCAACUUCCGAGGAAAGGAGCAGGGGCGGGAGGAGGAAGUGAGGAGGCCGCGCGGAGGGAAGGCGGCGAGCCCCGAGGCCCUGAGGCCUUGGCAGCGUCACUGCACCCACAUGGCCUCCGGAGUGGGCGCGGCCAUCGAGGAGCUGCCUCACGACGGCACGUGUGACGAGUGCGAGCCCGACGAGGCUCCGGGGGCCGAGGAAGUGUGCCGAGAAUGCGGCUUCUGCUACUGCCGCCGCCACGCCGAGGCGCACAGGCAGAAGUUCCUCAGUCACCACCUGGCCGAAUACAUCCACGGCGCCGAGGCCUGGACCCCGCGGGCUGACAGGGAGGGGGCGGGGAAGGAAGAGGCGGAGGUCAAGGUGGAGCAGGAGAGGGAGCUAGAAAGCGAAGCAGGGGAAGGGAGCGGGUCGGAGGAAGGGAGCGAGUCGGAGGAAGAGAGCGAGUCAGAGGAAGAGAGUGAGGAUGAGAGCGAGGAGGAGAGUGAAGAAGACAGCGAGGAAGAAAUGGAGGAUGAGCAAGAAAGCGAGGCUGAAGAAGACAACCAGGAAGAAGGGGAAUCUGAAGCAGAGGGAGAAACUGAGGCAGAAAGUGAAUUUGACCCAGAAAUAGAAAUGGAAGCAGAGAGAGUGGCCAAGAGGAAGUGUCCGGACCAUGGGCUCGAUUUGAGCACCUAUUGCCAGGCAGACAGGCAGCUCAUCUGUGUCCUGUGUCCAGUCAUUGGAGCUCACCAGGGCCACCAACUUUCCACCCUAGACGAAGCCUUUGAAGAACUAAGAAGCAAAGACUCAGGUGGACUGAAGGCAGCUAUGAUCGAAUUGGUGGAAAGGUUGAAGUUCAAGAGCUCAGACCCUAAAGUGACUCGGGACCAAAUGAAGAUGUUUAUACAGCAGGAAUUUAAGAAAGUUCAGAAAGUGAUUGCCGAUGAGGAGCAGAAGGCCCUUCAUCUAGUGGACAUCCAGGAGGCAAUGGCCACAGCUCAUGUGACUGAGAUACUGGCAGACAUCCAAUCCCACAUGGAUAGGUUGAUGACUCAGAUGGCCCAAGCCAAGGAACAACUUGAUACCUCUAAUGAAUCAGCUGAGCCAAAGGCAGAGGGCGAUGAGGAAGGACCCAGUGGUGCCAGUGAAGAAGAGGACACAUGAAGGCUUACUACCCCCAGUGGAAAAUCGUCCCCUCCCCUCGUGUGUAUGUGACAGCGUGUAUGUAACGGCUUCUGAUUUCUGUGAAAGCUGCUCAGCAACAAACGUACUUCCACCGGAUGUGUCCCCAGAUCCACAGCAGGCACCUAUCUCUCCAAGGGAUGACCAGUUUUACGCUUACUGACUGUGUGCUUCUCAUCCUCUAUUUGUGGUAGGUCAAGGAAAAGAGCCCGUUUGAUCCACCAGGAGCAAUUAAGGGUCCUUCAGGUAAUCCCUCAACGGCUGCUUUGAACUUACUCAGGAAAGCCAGCCCCUAAAAUAUUUUACAGCCAAACAGUACGCUUUGUUAGGAAGGAUCUGGAAUAAUCUUGAAGGAAAGUCAGAGUUUUCUCCCUGGCUAUUAACAAAAACCCAAUUUUGUUCAUAUUGAAGCAUGAAAUAAAUGCGGGCAAGGCAGGGCCAAACUGACUCAUGUAGACAGCCCCUAAAAGUCCAGUUCUAUGUUUGUGAAAAUGUGCCAUGAAUUAAGAUGGAUGACCGGGAAAAGGUGUUGGAGAAAGAGUUCAAGGUUAGGAAGAGAUAUUUUUAGUAUAUGAAGUUAUCCAGGACUUGAGAUUCCUAAUUCAGUGCUGUGGAAGUGAAAAAAAAUGAUUGAGGAGGUGGAAAGGAAAUGACCCUAGGAGGGGAAAAAGGACCAAAGAAACCUGAUUAACAGUUGAAAUCAGUAUUUCCGAAUUCAAAUUGCUUGAAUUUCCAAAAUAGUCACUAAAGGAUCUAAUAGAACCAGAAUUAUUUGGGUGAAUUCUGCAGGUUUUAUGGGCUUAUCACAGUAUUAAGGGCUGGAAUGUAUAUUACCAAAUGGGAAUUUUCAGUGUAGGUUUUUGCUAGUCCCACCCCCAUUUUAGCCUAGUUUGGCUUAAAUGCAGUAGAGGGAGAAUUAUUGCCACUCCAUGUGUUCUGAAUUCAGCUCAUCUCCCAGCAGAUAAGAUAUAUACCCUCCUUUAACUCUAACCAGAACCCUUCUUCCUGUGGCACCCCCCACCCACAGACCAUCAAAUCUCCCACACCCUGGAUCUUGCUCUCCUCUUAGUAACAGAGACACACUCGAAGUUGGACUUCCUUACUUUUCUCUACACCCAAAUCACAGUUUCUUACAACCAAGCUUUGUACUCCCAAGUAAGCAGGGAUGUGCUAGGGGAAUAUAAAACUGCAAACUUAAAAACCUGCAUCUUCUUGAAGCAUCAGUUUUAUUUACCAAAUAGUUUGGAGUCAGGAGAUGACUUUAUUUUUAUAUAAAAGUUAUAUUAUAGAAUAAAAUGUUCAUUCACGUAGACUGUCAAGAUAAAAUAGGAAUCUUGAAAGGUACUUCUUACUUGCAAAUGGCUAUGUGUUCACUCUUCUCUGUCUUUAUGGUAUUUUGGUGUUCACUUAUGAGGAAUACAACGGGAACCAUAUCCAUGCAGACUCUGGGACCUAGACUUCUAGUGCGUCUAAGGCAAAACCAAAGCAGCCUGCACUAGGGGAAAAUCCCUUUUCCCACCUGCCUGUCUGCAUGUGACCUGUGUACCUAUUACAAGCAUUAGGGCCAGCUGAUUUUUGUGCUUGCAGGAUGGUUUUGAAACGGAAACAAUACUUGUUUACUGUAGGAGUCCUAUUUAUUUUUCAGUCUUGUGAAUGCUGUGAAAUGAUUUAUUCCUUUGAGGCCAGGAAGCUCCCAGGCAUAUAUGCGUCUGGGUUAGGAUUGUCAUAACUCACUAAAGAUGUCAGGAUAUUGGGGCUAAAUAGAGUCUGAAAUGUUUAAAACAAAAAAAAAGUGUUUUUCUCUCAAACUUGUGGCGAAGAAAUGGCUAAGACAAUUUUGAUGCUUUACCUAUCUCUGCAAAGACUGGAGAAUUUGGCAUACCGUUAAUUACAACCUCCAAUCAUAUCCAACAAAACUACCCUAAAAGAAGGACCAGUGGUCACUCUCAAAGUUUAAAUAUCAGAAGAUUAAAAAGAUUUUAGGAUUUAGAAGCAUGUUGUCUUUCCCCAAUAAUCAUUGUUUGAUCUCCAAAUAGUAGCCUUAUAUUAGCAAUGGACAGAUCAUUGGCUGUCCAUAUCUGAUCAUAUGUUAUUACUUUGAAUCAGUAUUUGGGAAAUUCAAGCCUUUAUGCAGUGGAUAUAAAUGGAAAUAUAAAAAUAUGUGCUAACCUGUCUCAGUAACUUAUCAUAUCUCUGUAAUCCUCAAGGAAAGCACUUUUGCUUUUUACUUAGAAAGAGUUUGAGAUUUGCUUUAUAGGCUCCUGCUGUCUUCAGCACCUGAUAAAACUUUAACCAGGGAAGCAUUAAACACAGUACAGCAGCUUUUGCUAAGGCUCCUAAGUUCCUGCCAGCAGCAUUUAUCAAUGUAAGAACUAGGAUGCUUCCUGCAGUGGCACCACCUUCCCCCAGAACUGGAGCAUGCUGCUUGGCCUUAAGCCCCAGCAUGAUGAGGCUUCCCUCCUGCCAGGUUAGUAAAAGUUAGAGAGCUCAGAGUUGUGUCUUGCCUGGCUGCAGGUUGCAGGGUUUGCAGAAACCCCUAAGGAGAUGUCACCAAGGGAGGCAGGUAAUGAAUGUCUCCAGAAUCAAUCAGAUACUCAGCAAUAUCUAGCUACCUUUCAAAUGCUGAAUUUCUGGAUGCUGAGGGGGGACUUUGGUUUGAUAUCAUUAAAUCCAGGACAGUCUCAAGAAGUGCUUGGAGUCUCAGCUUUGACAGCUCAAGAAAAGAAAUAACUUAUAUUAAGGAACAACUGUGAGCCAGGCCCUAAACGACACCCUAUUUCUUAGAUAAUAAAACAGACAGGGAGCAUUAGAGUCACUUGCUUCAAGUUACACAGGUAGGAAAUACUCAAGCCGGAUCUUGAACCCAGUUCUCCCUAAUUCUGUGGACAGGUACUUUGUACCAUAUACCCUGGUCCACCUAAAGACAGAAGGAUAAAGAGGCUUCCAGUUUUCCCACUGCACUCUGACCAUCCCAAUUUAUGAAUCUUUUUCAAGGUGACAUUUCACAGUUGUAGUUAGGGCUCAGAAAUGGCAUUGUGGUACCCUUAUUUCUUUCCUUUAGCAGAUACUUUAAGUACACCUUGCUGACCUGAGCCCACCCCCAGGAGCUGGGAGAACCUUUCCUUUUUUGUGCCGUCUUCCAUAAAAAGGUGUUUCUUGACCUUCAAGGGUACAGAAGUUUGCAGCAGUAGUAAAAGUAAAGGGUGUUCUGCUCUCUACUCAACUUUAUUUGAAAAUGUUGGCAGCUUCUCUGCUGUAGAAAAGGAAAUCUUCCUAUUUCAGUAAAGCUAGCCGCCAGUGUGCUCUGUGAGGAUGUAGCGAUUCAAAGUCCAGUGAAUCUGGACUCUUCUACUGAUGCCUGUUUAUGUGUGGUGGGGGGUUGGUGGUGGUUGUGUGUACCUAUAUAUAAAUGACUAAAUGACAAGUGUGAUAUGUGUGUAUAUGUAUAUACAUACAUAUAUAUCCACACACACCACAUAUGGAAUACUUGAGAACUAAGGAAAACGCAAAGCAGCCCCUUCAUUAUCUUGCAUACUACUUCAGAGGUUUCUGUCAGCCCUAAUUACAAGUGCCGCCAUAUAGUUGGAGCUUAGGUACUUGCUUACAAGAAGAGCAAUUCUCUAGCAAAGUUAUUAGCUCCUAAAGCACUGAGUCAAAGUGAUAGCCCUGAAGGAAAUUGCACUCCAGCCCUCCUCCAAGAUGUUUAAUAACACAGGAAAUUUGGAUGCCCAGCCAUUUUGGUGACCUGAGAGUCUAACUACUCAAGUUAGACCUGAGGGCACAAAUGCAGAAUUCAUGAUCAUGUAGUAGUGGCAGGGUCUAGGAAGUCCUCUCUCCCCAAGUAGAAAAUAUUAUCUUGCCAUUCCUGAAAUUCCACAUUCAUAUAAUGGCCGUUCAAUACAUGCUUCUCAAUAAGAAAAUGAAUUGCAUGUUUACUGUGUGCUGACAACAUCAGAUUUUUAUGUUUAAAAAAAUCUCAUUAUGGAUUGAGUCCAGCCCAGCCCUAAGAGAAGAAGAAGGCCCAUAGGGGAAACUUCAGAUCUCAUUAUUAUUGCCUUUAUCCAGCAGUGCUUAUGAAGCCCCCUAACCCUGUCCCAUUCCAGAACCCGUAAGACUCAGGCAGUUCUUGCUUCUGGAGGCCUGCCUGGUAAGAUAGUAUCAUUUGGAACUGAGAACAUACCAGAAACAACAGAACAAGGCCCAGAGCAGAAAAAUGAAAAUAAGAUAUUUGUGGGUACAUUGGUGCAAAAAAAGCCACGGAGCCCAUACUGGGCUUGAUAUGACUUUGACGGGACUAAUACUUAAUGAGAGUUAAAUCUGACCAGUCUUUCUACAGUGACAGGCCACACUGCAUGAAUGGGGAGAACCAAUGAAUUCAUUGUCCUCUGCCUAUUUUCCUGUGCAUAGUCACAUUCCCUUCCUAGUCAUCUUCCCCUUCCACCCUUUACAUUAAACAAGGGAACACUGAAUCUUUCAAGGGAAUUACGCAUUUGAGUUAAUGUUUCAGUAUAUCAUUUUCAUACUGUAAAUUAUUUUGUAAGAGAGAUUUACUGCUAUCCCAGGAUGUUCGGACUCGGCGCCCCUGUGCAUUUGGAAAUCAAUAAACUAUUACUGGAAAUGCCA